UAGCGUCCCAAAAUGACGUAUAUAACAUCAUGGGACGACUUCUCAAAGGCUGCUGAAAAAUUGUAUUUAUCUGACCCCAUGAAGGCAACAACAAAAGACAUGUGGCAGCUGUUGGUUAUUGUGGCUAUUUUAAGAGCAUCAAAUGGUGCUGUAAUUUGGCGCCAGGAGUCCUGGGACCCCGAUCUCAUAUUUGGGCUAGAGUGGAACAUGGUCACCUUUAACUGGGGCUUUGAGAAUCUACAAAUUGUACGGAAUCCAACUGGGACGUCCAAUGAACUCGAAGUAUUGUUCCCCUUAUUAUCUUGUGUAUGUGACAGAGAUAAUCGGGGUGGGGCUCAGCAGUAUUCACAACCUUUUUCUCCAGGGAAUGAGCGUGCGUUGUCCUAUGAUCUACGCUUUAGUGACAACUUUGACUUUGUAAGAGGAGGAAAACUGCCUGGGCUCUAUGGUGGGGACCAAUCAAGUUGUUCAGGAGGUGGGGCUACGAGCCACUGCUUCUCUACUAGAUAUAUGUGGCGAAGAGAUGGUGAUGGAGAAAUCUAUCUCUACUCUGGUGCUGACCAAGCGAGUGAUUUCUGUGAUCGUCCUGGCAACCAUUGCAACUAUGAUUUCGGACAUUCUGUUGGACGUGGCUCCUUUAGGUUCAAUAGAGGGCGCUGGUAUAACCUUAAACAGUACGUCAGGUUGAACACUGUUGGGCUCAAUGAUGGAGUUCUCCGUGUGUGGCUAGAUGAUGUUCUCGUUAUUGAUUACAACGAUGUUGGAUUCCGUACAUCUGAAUUCAACAUUGAUACGAUUUUUUUCUCAACUUUCUUUGGAGGUGGCAAUAUGGACUGGGCAUCCACGGAUGAUGUUCAGAUUUAUUUCCGCAACUUUGAAGUCCACGACUCACAACCAGUGUAAAUGGAAACUACCAGUAUACAUGUCAGGAAUUCUUUUUAAUCCUGACUCAAAUUAACAAUUUCAUGUAUUUCAAUUUCAGUUACAGCAAUAAAGUUUUGAACAAGCAUAAAA